AUGGACCUGUUCAGCCAGCUGAUCCUCGUCAUCUUGGUCACCAGUUUCCUCUCCUUCCAGUGGCUCUUCCACCGGGUCAGUCCCUGGGUCUCCCCCCGCGUCAGUCCUGGCUUCCUACGCCUGGCAGACCAACAGAAAGUGGAAUGGAACUCAAGGACGGUGUCCACACUUCAUGCCCUGGUGGUAGGGUUCUUUUGCCUCUACAUCCUGCUGUUUGACGACGCCGUCAAUGAAGACCCUGUCUGGGGAGAUCCCACUCUUGUGAAGAUAAAUGUUGGCAUGACAACAGGCUACCUCAUAUCUGAUCUGCUGCUAAUAUUUUACUAUUGGAAGGCGAUAGGCGACAAGUUUUUUGUCGUGCACCACCUUGCUGCGCUGUAUGCUUACUACUAUGUACUGGGACACGGAAUGUUGCCUUAUUUUGCUAACUUCCGUCUGCUUGCAGAGUUCUCCACGCCGUGUGUGAACCAGCGGUGGUUCUUUGAAGUGUUAGGUUACCCCAAGUCCUCCAAGCCCAACAUCGCUAACGGGAUGGCAAUGGCUCUGGUCUUCUUCCUGGUUCGCAUCGCCGUCAUGCCCCUCUACUACAGCCGCAUGUGGUCCGUGUACGGCACCGAAGCCUUUUUCCGCGUCCCGCCGGAAGGCCGCGCUGCCUGGAUCAUCUCCAGCGUCUCGCUGGAUGUCAUGAACGUCAUGUGGAUGCAUAAGAUCGCCCGCGGCUGCUACAAGGUCAUGUGCUCGGCCCGACGGCACACAGUGGAGACACGAGAGAAUGGAAAGACUGACUAAGAAGCAAGAGGGAUGGUUGAUGUAAUGGGUAGGGGAAACCCAUUGAACCACUGUCCCCUUUUUUAGUGCACAAUUGAAUUAGUACCUGACUGUUUCAGGGUCAACUAGAAAAAGCCAAGUCUCACACGGACUGAAUUUUAUUCUAGAUGACGGCACAUUUUUGCUCCCCUUUUGAGAUUGGAGCAUUGUGCUGGAUGUGGACAAAGGGACAAUAACUGGGGCAGUGGUUGUAGAAACUGUUAGCAUCACUUUCUGUGCAUUGUAUCACAAAACAGCAUGUCUGGGAUGACGUAUCUGUUUUUCCCCCAACACUUCACCAAGUCAAAACGUUUACUGCUUGUUCCCGACCGUAGACUCAAUGUGUGAUGCUCAUGUGCUCUCCAGAGUAACUUGAAGCCCCUCACUUAAUGUUGCUUUUUUUAAUAUUCUGGUUGUCUGAAUCCCGUAGGUUAUUGAUUUACAUUUUGAACACAGAGGAAUUAAUUGUUGUUCAAAUGGUGAGUACAAAUAAUAUAACAGUUUUUGAAAAACAGUUUUUUGGGACGAAACCAACCCAACUAACCCAAAUAACCCAACCA